AUGGCGCACCAUGGACAUAGUCACCUACGCCACAAGCGCAUGGGCAAGCUCAUUCAAACCAAGCACCACCUGGAGGAACAGGAAGCAGCAGUUGCAGAUGGGGAAGUUUCCAACGCCAAGAUCCUCGGGGCUGUGGAUACCCUUGAACCCCCCAGUCUUUCAUCUUCUGAUCCGAUCUUGAAUGAUGCCUGCGAUCCGUUACAAAACCUCACUUGCCUCGAAGAUACCGCUGAGACACAAGACGUAUCAUUUUCAAAACGACAAGAGGCUGACUCACCCUCCACCACGGUGGUUGAGACCAUCUUGCAGGUGGUGGAUCAGAACUCCCACACCCUCUGGGUGUCCACGGCGUCUGAUUUUCCGAUGACCAUUUCAGACCCCGCGUUUGGCGCUUUCACCUUCACUGCCAGUGAGUCGACAUCAGCAGAGCUGUCCUUGCCGACGGCUCCCACAAACUUACUUACUACCCCGCCGUCAAACUCGACAACUCAGACUACACCGCCGCCUACGGUCAAGCAGACCCAAACAGCGCCAAUCUCCUCACCAAAGAUUCCUUUAACCGGUAGUUCCAUUCUACACACAUCGACUCCACUGGUUGAGCCAACGCCGCCUGCGUCUUUAAACUCUACCACCGUUUUACCGACAUCAACAUCCGCUUAUUUUGCGAAUGGUGGUCAUGGUACUUGGUAUUCUAGUUCUAGCUCUUCUGAGGUCCCAUAUUCCAGCAUCACGCCGUCUGCUUCAACGAGUGCCUUCUGGGGUUCCGAGGAGACUAGCGCCAGUCCUAGUACCAGCACCAGUGCCGGCGGUGGAGCGGAGCCGUCUACGGGCAAUUCCCAACCUACCUCGUCCUCAGGGUCCGGGUCCGGGUCCGGGUCCGGGUCAGGAUCGAACAAGGAUGCCAGCACACCUAAAAUCGUGGGCGGUGUCGUAGGAAGUGUUGCAGGCCUCGCCGUUAUCUUCCUUUUUCUAUUCUACCUUUUCCGCCGUCGAAAGUUCUUGCAACAGCAGAGUGCCCAAUCUCUUCCGUCUAAUGAUGCUGGAACACGCGGUAUGUCCGAACGAACCUUAAGUAACGACAACAGUCCCUUGUUCUCGGCAUCAUAUUUGGCGCCCGCUUUCAUGAAACGUUGGCGUGCUUCGACUAUGACCACUGCAACUGAGAGUACCAUAUCUUCGUCUGGCACGAGCGAGCGAGGAUUUCAGAAGCUCUCUGGCCGCAAGAUCCCGCCUGUCCUCACUCACGGAGGUGACGGGUUUGGUGGUGGUCUAGAUGGCGACUCUCCCACUCUACCUGGGUUCUCCCCCAUAUCUCCUAGCGGGGGACCGCUGUCCUCUCCUUCGACCUAUGGACCCCCUCCGGCAUCGCCAUUUGGUAUGCCGUUAGAAACCAACUUGCGAGAGGCUGAUGAGCAUAUCGCCCCCGUUCGACCAUCACCAGUUCAUCUUCCUGUCUCCAGCUCCGUCAACUUCGGCUCUCCAACCACCGUGAAUCCCUCACAUAACUUGGCCCAGCCCCAGACAGUCGUGCCGAUCUUACCAACGCGGCCUGAUGGGUUGGGGCGCAGUCUUCCAAGCCACGACGGAAGCAGAAGCAGCCGCUUCACGGAGGGCAUUGAUCUGUGA